UGACAGUGAAUUCUGACAAGUAGCGGAGCGUGUGACAGUUGUCACGUGAUCUAUGUAGCCGCUGCGGUCGGCGUGAAUUGGUGUUAUUUGCGCUGAAUAAGUUGUUCCUGAGACGUAUGUUGACCAACCUAGACUUUUCAAGAGAAAAAUGAGACUUGUUAUUCUCGAUGACUAUGCCCUGGCCAGCGAGUGGGCUGCAAAGUACAUUUGUAAUCAUAUCGUUCAGUUUAAUCCUGGACCAGACAAGUUUUUCACAUUAGGUUUACCUACAGGAAGCACACCACUGGGCUGCUAUAAAAAGCUGAUAGAGUAUCACAAGAAGGGUGACCUGUCGUUUAAAUAUGUAAAGACCUUUAAUAUGGAUGAAUAUGUGGGACUUCCCAGGGACCAUCCUGAAAGCUACCAUUCAUAUAUGUGGAACAAUUUCUUUAAACACAUAGACAUUGACCCUAAUAAUGCUCAUAUCCUGGAUGGGAAUGCUUCCGACCUGCAGGCAGAGUGUGAGGAGUUUGAACGGAAAAUCCAAGAAGCCGGAGGAAUUGAGUUAUUCGUCGGAGGUAUUGGUCCAGAUGGUCAUAUUGCCUUUAAUGAGCCUGGUUCAAGUUUGGUUUCAAGGACAAGGCUAAAGACUUUAGCCAUGGAUACCAUUUUAGCAAAUGCUAAAUAUUUUGAAGGCAACCUUUCUAAAGUACCCACCAUGGCACUGACCGUGGGAGUGGGAACAGUAAUGGAUGCCCGAGAGGUGAUGAUCCUUAUAACGGGUGCACAUAAAGCGUUUGCACUGUACAAGGCGAUAGAGGAAGGAGUAAACCACAUGUGGACUGUAUCGGCUUUCCAGCAGCACCCACGUACAAUAUUUGUCUGUGAUGAAGAUGCAACUCUAGAGCUGAGAGUUAAAACAGUGAAAUACUUUAAAGGCUCAAUGCAUUGUUGGAGCACCUGCAGUGUUUGGCCGACAUGUAUGGAUUCAGAGAGGUCAUCCUCGGAAAACACCUGGCUUAAUGCAUGUUCACAACAAACUUGUGGAACCCUUGCGCAGUAUGAAAAAAAAUUGAUGUGAAGUCAAUAGCGGAAUGCUUUGGAAACACCGCAAUCUCAUUAGUGGCUAUGCAAUAUUAUAGUUAAUCAACACAACUUUAAAAGUACUGUAUUCUUAAGGUCCAAAAUCGAAACUGGUCAAUUCAACAUUCCAAAUCAAGU